UACAACGUAAUUAUUGUCCCCUUGUGGUUGCCGUAGUUUCAUUGGAAUUAAAAUGGCUGCCACUCUUGACUCCGAUUUGAUCGAGAGCGAUUUGCCCCAAGCUGUUGACCUGCUGAAUAAUCUGACAGAGCAGGUGGCCUCAGUCACAAGUCAUGUCCGUGAGCUGCUGAAAAAUGUCAAAGAAGGGGCACUUCAGACAUCGAAGGGUAUGUCCUUCUUGGACCUUCGCUACCACCUGCUGCUCUUCUACCUUCAGGACCUCACCCACCUGAUAUACCUCAAGACAGCCGGCGAGAAAAUAAAAGACAGUGAGGCCUUGACCAGACUGGUCACCAUCCGGACGAUUUUGGAGAAAAUGCGACCGCUGGACCACAAGCUGAAGUACCAGAUCGAUAAGCUGGUGCGCACGGCCAUUACUGGCAGCUUGGCUGAAAAUGAUCCCCUGAAGCUGCGGCCAAAUCCUGAAAAUCUCAUCAGCAAGCUGAGUGAAUCCGACGAGUCAGGAGAAGAGGACGAAAACGAGGCCUCACAGAAGAAAGCAGCCCACUCUAGUGGCAAGAAAUAUGUACCGCCCAAGAUUGCCCCAGUGCAUUACGACGGCGACAUGACGGAAGCGGACAAGAAGAAGGCGCUGGCGGAGCGCCAGCGGCGAGCCGCGCUCCGGAGCUCCGUCAUCCAGGAGCUGAGGCAGCAGUACAGCGACGCCCCCGAGGAGAUCCGGGAAAGGCGGGACUUCCAGAGCGAGCGGGACAGCCGGGAGGAGCUCCACAGGAAAAAGUACGAGGAGUCCAUGAUGGUGCGUCUCAACGUACCCAAGCAGCAGAAAAAUUCCAGGAAGAGAGGCACGAUGGGAAUGUUCGGCCAGCUGAGCAGCAUCACACACUUCAGUGACAUCACAGCCCUGACUGGCGGUGAAGGCACGCAGGAUGGCGAUAUCCUUCGACCCAAGAAAAAGAAGAAACUCAUGAAGAAGAAAACCAAAAGAAAAGCCUUCAAGAAGCACAGAUAGAUGGGAACCGUGAAGACUUUGAAAGCAUGAAGAUUUUCUACAGUUAAAUAGAAUAAAUAAAUG